AUGCCGAACACAGUAGCAAUGGAAGCAACUGCUGAGUGGAAUGAAGAACACACUCGCUUGGUUUGUGAGUUGUUCAAGGAACAAGUUGAGGCUGGAAAUCGCCCAAAUACACAUAUGAAUAAUACUGGGUAUAUGACAGUGAUUGAUAAAUUCUACCAGAAGACUGGAAUACAGUACAACAAAAGACAGUUUAAGAACAAAUUGGAUAAACUAAAAAGUGUGUACUACAUUUGGAAGAGUUUGAAAAAGGAGACAGGUAUGGGCUGGGAUUCUGUGAAGCAAACGGUUACAGCUUCUGCGGAGCGUUGUGGUAGGUUUCAGAAGGCGGGACUUCAAAAUGAGGACCUUUUGGCCAAGAUCUUUGAAGACUUGCGCAACACUGGUGAAGACCAUUGGUCUCCUGCUAAUGGUAGCUUGCCCCAAAAGAUGAGAACGAGGACAAAGAAAAUUAAAAAAGGAAGCCUCUGGAACAAUUUGGCAUGGUGGCCGUUGCCGGCGUCGUCCAUCCCCAUGCCUCCGCUCAGUCCGACCACCAAUCACCACCACACCCUACUCCUCACCUUAUCUCUCCUCUUUCUCGAGAUAUCAUUAGUUUUUACACAUGGGAUUACUCCCGCAUGGGUCAAUCACAACAGGUGUUUUAUAAAAAAAUGCAUCUUGAUGUUCCGUGCAAUGCGCGGGCAUCUUGCUAGUAAAGGAAAAAGAGCAGGUGGUCCUAUAGACGGAAAAGGGAAAAAGUCAAGGAGUGGUUCUGUGAUCAUGCAAGACCAUUUGAACGAAAUUGUUGAGCUGAGCAAGAAGUCGCAAGCAACCAUUGAAUCCAUUGCUCAGAAGAGGGAGGAUGCCUCAGUUUGUACCAUCAAAGAUGCCAUGACUCUGGUUACAGAAUGUGGUGGUGUCAUUGGCACUAAUGAGCGCUUCAUUGCUUCUGAAAUUUUUGUAAAGGAGCAAAGAGAAAUGUUUAUGACCAUACCUGAUGCUCGUGCACGAUUUGACUGGCUUAAAAGGAAAUAUAAUGCCAAGUAUGGCAAAUAGAUUAUAAUAUUUUGGUUGUAAUUGUUAAGGCAUUCCUAUAAGUAAUAUGCCUUCAACACGCCUAUCUUUCAAGUUGCAUUUAGUAAUUUAUUUGGCUUGUAAGACCCUGUCCGGUUUGUCACAAAUUAUCUAUAUGAAUACAGUCAUUUGAAUCUUAUUCCUAUUUAUGUAUGUCAUUAUUGCCAUCGACUCGUUUCUCAUUGUGAAUUGUCUCAUGUAUAACAUAGAUGUCCUCAAGCGAAAGUGAUAGUGGAGGGAGUAAUUACUCAAAUGAAGAGUGUGACGAAGAUGUACAGCUGAUCAACUUACAUGAAAUGAUGAUAAGCAAUCUUGCUUCUGCUGUAACUGUUGUUGAAAAGUACCACAUGGCCUACUUGGAUAAGAAUGAACCUAGGACUUCAAUUCUCAGUGGAAUGGGCUGGGUGAAAGAAACCUUGCGCGCUCCAGGGGAGAGCCACCGCAUGUUUCGUAUGAAUUCUACAAUGUUUCACAAUCUGCAUGAUCUUUUGGUGAGUACGUAUGGUCUGAAAUCAACUACGCAUAUGAGUACUUUUGAAGCUCUACCACUCUUCUUGUACAUCUGUGGUGGAUAUCACUCAAAUCGGGGAGCGCAAAAUCGAUUUAAGCAUUCCAGUGGCACAAUCAGUAGAAAGUUUGAUCUUGUUCUGCACAGCUUGGUAAAGAUGUCUAAAGAUUUUGUGCGACCAAAAGAUCCAAACUUCUCUACGGAGCAUGGUAUGACUGAUAAGCAUUUUCGUAGAUUUGAUUGGAGUCCUAACUAUGUUCCGACAAUACCAACGAGGUAUAGGAAAUAUAUUAUUUCUCAAGAUGCAUCAGACUCAUCAACAUCAAGCACGAGUGAUAGGUCAAUGGAUAAGUUCCGUGACGACCUUGCAAAGGCAGUUGCUGAAUCUACAAGCUAGAUGUUGUGAAUAUUUUCUAUGUCAUAUUAUUUUUUGUUCCGAGACAACUAUGGGUAGAACAUUUUAUUUCAUCUAUUUAGAUUGAUCAUGUUCAUUAUAUACACUUGGAGAAGUUGCUACACAUAUAACAUAUAUUGUUAUAUACAUACACCACUCUGUUAUUGUGUGAUAAUCAUGGGACCACUUGUAGCACACACAUGUGAUGGUUACAAUUGCAAUCAACGUAAGAUGAUGCUUCAGAUAAGCUCAAACUGAAUUGUUAACUAACGCUCCAUACAAUAUUCCUAUUCCUAUAUAAUAUGUUAAUGUUCACAACAUGUCAUGGUAUGCCGGACGUAUAUGCAGAGGGGUGACAAAAGUAUCACAAUCAAAGGCAGUAUGGUCUAUUUAUUCCUAAACCCACAAAUCAGUGUUUUAGGAGCCAACUGAUAGCCAACACUUUUGUAAAGCUGAUCCAGAUCCUCAUGGGAGUGGAUUCUCGGAGGAUCAGGAGCAGGGAGCUGUAAAAUGAGGAUCUGGGGCUCUAACGAACAGGCU